AUGGAAUGGUGCAAUCAGAGUACUUCAAUAAAAUAUCUCUUCAAGUACAUCAACAAGGGUUCUGACCGAAUAUCUGCUGUCAUUGCUCCAACUGAUAGCACAAAAGAGGGUCAUGUCGAUGAAAUCAAACAAUACCUUGAUUUUAGAUACGUGUCUCCAAGUGAAGCAUGUUGGAGGAUAUUUUCUUAUUCUAUUCAUGGAAGGAAGCCAGCUGUUGAAAGAUUAUUUUUUCACUUGGAAGGAGAAAAUUCAGUGUACUACAAAGAUUUCGAACAAAUUGGAAAUGUCUUACUUAAAGCAAGUGUGACUGAAUCAAUGUUUACUUCAUGGUUUGUUGCCAAUAAUGAAUAUGAGGAAGCAAAGUCUUAG